AUGGUAAACCCAUACGGGCUAAAAUCAAGCAAUAUAUUGCUGGUGCUCCUAUUGUUCUGCGCCCAAACUGCGGGAAUUGAAAAUCCCAGAGAACGGUUUCUGGAUGAUCUACUUAAUUCAAUUCACAAUGAGCGUUCAGUUGACACCCUGUUUUUACUGCAGCAAAGUGGAGACCCAAACUGCUCCUUUCAGGACUGGAAUCCACGAGGAAUUCCAACUCUUAGGGCCAAUGAAAAGAGCAUAUUAAACAUAAAGAAAUACUACAACGACAACGCAUUGGCCCUGGUUUGUAUAACGAAGAAUUCCUUCCAAGUUCUACUGAAUAUUCUGGCAAGGACAUUCGAUGGCAUGCGACAGGAGCGAAUAGUGCUAAUGAUUCCACAUAAGCCAAGUUCAGAUUUGAUAAAAACCAUCUCUCGGAAGAUCGAGCACUUACAAUUUUUGCACAUGAUAUUGCUAGUUGUCGAGGAACCUUACAACACAGAAUUUCCCGUGACCGCCCAUCGAAUGAAACCUUUCCCGGAACCUCAUUUCAAGAGAGUUCGGAACUUGUUUUCUGGCACGAAGAUUUUCAAAAAGCCAGUGAACUUUCAGGGAAAGGUUGCCAGUGCGAUCCGCGACAGGGACUUUUCGCCGUACAAGUUCACAUUAAAUUUAGUUACGGCUUUUUCUCGAAAAUACAACACAACCAUUAAACCACAGAGGUCAGUAAACCAGAAGAGAAAUAAAACCCGCAAGGAAUACUUCGACAUCGAUAUGACCAUGGUUAUGAACGAUAGCAAAAACUUAACGGGAUACGUAAACCUCAUAGGGGUCACCGCCACCUUGAUGAUUGCGGUGCCAUGUGGCAAGGAGCUAAGUAGCAUGGACAUCUUCAAGGAGGUCGGAAUGGGAACAGUGGCCUGGUCAGCGUUGAUUUUCUACAUCCUUUUCGGUCUGGUGGAGUCUGCAUUCGUCUACCUAUCGCCUCCCAAAAAUGGCAGAAAAGUGAGCGUAAAGUUUAUGAACCCUUUGGUGAAUCUUCGAGCAUUGAGGGCUCUUUUGGGUCAGUCCUUUCCGGUCUCCAAUCGAUACGGUCUCCCAAUCCGACAACUAUUUCUAUUGAUGAGUCUGAUGGGUACACUCUUCGGAUGUUUCUUCGGCUGCGAACUGAGCUCCUUUCUGACCAAAAAACCCCUUUACCCUCAGGUUAAUACAUUCCCGGAGUUGCGCGAAAGUAAUCUAACCAUCGGAGUGGACAAUCCAACUCGCUACUUUAUAGAGCGGGAACUCGAUAGGGAUUUUUUUAGAACAGAAGUGCCCAAUAUGAAAAACUUCACAUUUACUGGGUUCACCAAGCUCGUCGAAUCAUUUGACAUGAACUUUGGACUACUAGUGCACUCGCAACCUUGGAACGCUUUGAAACAAGAACUGGAAGUGUUGAACAAGAAAAUGUAUUGCGACGCCAAGGACCUCACAAUAAUCCACAAUGUGCCGCUAAUGCUCCCCGUUCGAAAGAACUCAAUCUUAGCCCCGUACCUCCACGAUUUCAAUAUAGAUGUAUUCGACACAGGACUAAUGAUGCACUGGAUCAAAGUGGCUGAUCAGGAGAUCAAAAACGAUGUCAAAUCGGUUCUGAAAAGUUUCGAAAUGGAGCCAUCUUACGUUCCCCUCUCCUUCGAGCAUUUCAAGUGGUUAUGGACUCUACUUGGUAUUUCUUACGCUUUUUCAAUAAUGGUUUUUAUAAUGGAAAUAAUCUGGGCUAAGAGCCAGAAAUGA